AUGGCAGCCCCACAGAAGGUCACUUACUCCGACAUGUUCCUCGAUAUGAUUCAGGGCAGCUCCAUCACAGUCAUCGUCGGUCAGCAUCCAUCAUCUCGAACCUACACUCUUCCUGUCGCUCUACUCUGCGUUCACUCCAUCUACUUCCGCGAUCAAAUCGCUCGUAUCAACGCCACGGUGUUGAAGGAUCAUACGGCUAGCAAAAAGCGCAAACUCUCCACUUCCAACGAUGACGUGGUGGUGAUCAAGGAAGAGGAUGGAGAGCGUGCCAAGGAAGAAGACACGAAGGAGGACGCAAAGAACGAAGAAAAAACCAUCAGGUUGCCAGACGUCGAUCCCGCCAUCUUCGGCCUCUUCCUCAAGUUCAUCUACAAGGACACAUACCCAUCUAACGUCGACGCGAGGACUCUCCCCAACAACGCCAAUCUUUACCCGAGGACAGCCAGCGCAAACAGGACAGUUUCCGUUCCAGCACCUCCCGUAGCACCUCAGCAACCAACGACUCAGAUGCCGUCUCACUUCCAGCCCAACUACCCGCUCACCCCCGCUCUAACCCCAACCCGAAAAAGCAUGCCACCCCCUCCCAUCCCACACAACAUAACCUCCCCGCAACGCAUCCCCCCCUCAAUCCACGCCUGGCUCCUCGCUCAACGCCUCGGCGCCUUGUCCUUCAUGAACCACACCAUCCAACACAUAUACUCCGGUAUAGGCCGUCACUUCGCCCUCACACCCACGCUCAUCGACCACGUAUGGCGCUCCACCACUCCCACACCCUCCUCAUCUCCCUCUCCCCUAUCACCAUCAACAUCCACGAUUCUAACACCCUCCCCCCUCCGCAACCUCCUCCUCCACACCCUAACGUCAUACUGGUCGCAGCCGGGCCCGCAACAGAACCCCAACGCUAUUAUCUUGCGCUCGCUAUCUGUGUCGCACGGACAAGGUCAUUUUUCGACGGGUUUGAAGGAUGCGUGGGAUAGGCUGUUUAAUGAGCAUGAGGAUUUGAGGAAUGAGUUUAUUCAUGGGUUGCAGGCGGGUGUGGGGCAGUUGGGGGUUGUGGGGGUGUAUUUCGCUACUUCGGGGACUGUGGUUGUGGGAACUGGAGGUGUGGGUGGGGGUGUGGGUAGGAGCGAGGCUAUGAAGGGGAAGGAGAAGGAGAAAGGUGAGGGUGUUGGAUGGGUGGAUACGGGCAGGGAGGUUAUCAUCAAGGAGGAGGAAAGUGGUGAGACGAAGGUUUUGAAUGAGACGAAGGCGGCUCGUGUCUAA